CUCUAAUCUUCUGGACACACGCACGAGCCGAAUGCCUGCAGGCAAAGAGAGAGAGAGUAAAAGAAAGAGAGAGAGAGAGAGAGAGAAAGAGAGAGGGAGUGAGAGAGAGAGAGUCAGAGAGAGAGAGUGAGAGAGGGGGAGUGGGCAGGUGGAGAAGGUGGAGACAGAGAGUGUCAAACUGUGAGGGGAAACUAGAUGAAGGCAGAGAAGCAGCAGAGGGAGGGAGAAGAAGAGCUAUCAUUCCUCUAGCACGCUGAGAGAAACCAGUGAGGAGCUUUCCUUAUGAGCACCAGCGAAGCAGAAAUUCACUCUUGCUCUCUGCCAGAGUGAGAGGGGGAGAGCGAGAGAGUAAACGAGAGAGAGAGAGAGGGACACUACUCCACCGCUGACGGUGUGAACACAACGAGGAGAGAGGAGAGAGGGAGAGAGAGGCAGAGAAGCACAAGACUAGCCAUAGGGAAGGAGAGAGACAGGACGGAGGAGAGACAGAGUGGAGGGAGGGAAGAGGAGGAUGAGGGAGGAGUGGAGAGAGAAGACAGACGCUGAUCUUUGACUGUUGAGGACCGUGUGAGCGUGAAGGAGUGUGCUUGUGAGACUGGGUGCGAUGGAUCACUGUUCCUGAACACUGUAAGUCUCAGUGCAUGGCAGGGCAUUUAGAGUGUGUGAGUUUGGUUUCAUUGUGUUGGGUGAUGUUUUAUCAGACAUAGCACAGUGGCUGAGGGAUUACGACAGCUGGGGAGAGAGUGUGAGACCCAUCUAUGUGUGUUGUGGUAGCGAGCAGGGGCAGCUGUAUGUGUGUUUGUGUGAAAGAAGCAGGGCAGCUGGAGACAGAGAUUGGUAGAGAGGCCAGGUACACCUAGAGGGCAGGUUCAUAGAGAGAGAGAACCCACGUGAAGACAGAACAAGUGAAAACAGGGAUACCAACUCUGCCACCGGAUACAGAGCUUGUAUGUGUGCGUCUGCAUAGCGGCAUACAGAGAAGCACCGGUCCAGUCAUCUCAGGUCAGCGCAGCGGGGGUCCAGGGAUAUCCAUCAGGCAGCUAUGGGGGCCCAGUGAGCUGUAGUAGAGGACACCCUCGGCCCCCAGUCCCACCCAGCAGCAGCGCUCUCUCUUCCCCUCCGGUGGGUAGACACACGUGGGCCUAGGGCACCUCAAAGCCCCGGGUGAGGGCCAACAGCGGGGUUCCUGUACCCAGAGGAGUAACCACGGCCAUCAUGGGGGAAUGGACCAUCCUGGAGCGCCUCCUGGAGGCUGCCGUCCAGCAGCAUUCCACCAUGAUCGGAAGGAUUCUUCUGACUGUGGUGGUGAUCUUUCGGAUCCUGAUCGUGGCCAUCGUUGGCGAGACGGUGUACGAGGACGAGCAGACCAUGUUCAUCUGCAACACCCUGCAGCCGGGCUGCAACCAGGCCUGCUACGACAAGGCCUUCCCCAUCUCCCACAUCCGCUACUGGGUCUUCCAGAUCAUUCUGGUGUGUACGCCCAGCCUGUGCUUCAUCACCUACUCUGUGCACCAGUCGGCCAAGCAGCGUGACAGACGCUACUCAUUCCUCUACCCACUGCUGGAGCGUUCGGAUUACGGGCAAAGCGGCACCAGGAAGCUUCGUAACAUCAACGGUAUCCUGGUGCACCACGGCGACGGUGGCGGGAAGGACGAGCAUGACUGCAUGGAGGUGAAGGAGAUCCCCAACGCGCCGCGGGGGCUCACACACGGCAAGAAGUCCAAGCAGCGCCAGCAGGAGGGCAUCUCGCGCUUCUACAUUAUCCAGGUGGUGUUCCGUAACGCACUGGAGAUCGGCUUUCUGGUGGGACAGUACUUCCUAUACGGCUUCAGCGUGCCGGGCAUCUUCGAGUGCGACCGUUACCCCUGCUUGAAGGAGGUGGAGUGCUACGUGUCACGGCCCACCGAGAAAACGGUCUUCCUGGUCUUCAUGUUCGCCGUGAGUGGCAUCUGCGUGCUGCUCAACCUGGCAGAGCUCAACCACCUGGGCUGGAAGAAAAUCAAGGCAGCCAUCCGGGGCGUGCAGGCCCGCCGGAAGUCCAUCUGCGAGAUCCGCAAGAAGGACAUGUCUCACCUGUCACAGCCCCCCAGCAUGGGCAGGACCCAGUCCAGCGAGUCCGCCUACGUCUGAUGGAGACAGGGCUAAAUGCUGGGUAAGUGAGGGGGCAGGGUAGGGACCGAGUGGGACGACCACUCCAUUCCACUCUCUCUUUUUAGUUUUAAUGGAAAGAGGAGGAGGAGGAGGAGGAGGAGGAGGGGAAGCUGCCACGGAAUAUUUGGUGCAUUUUUUUUACUAUGGGACCAGCUGCACCUGUUCUUGUCAUAACUUGUCAUGUGAAUGAUGUUUUGAUUGGGACGUUCCCAAAGGGCUGUGUGGGAGCCUUUUAGGAGAGGCUUCUGGCUGUUUUCGGGCCAGGGACGGUGAAGGGGACCGAGGGGUUUGUUAUAUCAUGGUGCUGUUCUGGCUUAUUUCAUCCAUGAUGAAGAGAGCAGGAGGGGUCGUUAACAGAGAGAGAGAGGAAGAGCUGUCGCAACGAUGAUCGACUCUCUACAAGCUGCGUACAGGGAGUCAACUUUCUAGCCUCUCUUUCCUGCUGUGGAGAGAGAAUGAUGUUCCUCUCAAGCUAGUCUCCAGAGAUUAAGAUGACAGAGAGAGACAGUGUUCGGGAGUCCUGGAGCUGGUGCCAGAAGAAGCUGCUGUUUACGUUUUGUCUCCUGGCAAACAAUUAUUAACACAAACACCAUGAAGGAAUACUGAAAACAUUUUUUCUCUACUUCUCCACUGCUGGCACCUGCACCAUUGAGACUGAGGGUGGAUGACAGUAAUGUCUUCUUCUCCUCUUCUCCUCCGUGUAAACUUUAGAGAGGAACCCAAGGAGGCCAUGCAUAAACGACACCUCCACAGUCACAAACCGUUCCCCUCCACACAAAAACACCCCUACGCCGAGCUUCUCUCUCCAGCAUUCCAAUGUAUUGCGUGUGUUUGUGACUGACUGAAAGAAAGAGAAAAAUAAAGUGAAAGAGAGAAAUAGGAGAGUAGAAGAGGAACCUUCUCCUUGCAAUCUCAACGGAGAGGAACCAGAUCAUUUUAUUACAAAUUUAAACGUUAACGAUAUCAUUAUUAUGAGUUGAUUUAUUCCUUUCGUGACAAAGUUGGUACCAGCCUUUGGAUUUACUUCUUGUUUGAAAGUUCCUGCAUAUUAUUUAAUCUUUUAGUUGAGCGAGUAUAUCAAAAUAGAUGUAUUUAUCUUUAUGGAGGGAGGGGAGGCAAAAAAACAUGGUUGGGAUCAUGGGGGUACUUAAAAUGUAUAAAUAGUCUUGUCUUUUUUUGUUCAUUUCAAAGCAUUUUGUUUCUGAUCGAUGGAACUGAAUUUGUGUCUGAGAGGAGGAUUGCAAGAGGUAUUUGAAAAAGGCAGGUUUACAAAGCAGUGUUUCUAGAAUGAACCAAGUGUUAUCAUGGAUUGUACUCUUGACAGAGAACAUGCUAAUCUACUGGUUUGUGCUGCAUCCCUCUCAUAUGUGGUGAUCAGCAGGCAUGCCUUUAAGGGAAGAGAAAAGAUUGAGGAAAAUACGAUGGAAAAUAAGUAUUGCAGCAUGAUCCCUGAAGACAGGCGGGAGAGCGGCAGACAGAAAGGAACUCUCGUUGGGAAAAGCUCUGUAGCACCAGCAAUAAAAACCCAACACACUCGCUCAACACCACUGAAGACACGGUUCAGCUUUUCUGCAACAGUGGUACACUCUAAAAGGGAUCCCACAUUUACAGCACAAUGCCUUUUGACCCUGCAGUGAGGCCAGACACGGGAGGUGGAGGGCGGGGGUGUCCUUGUUGUGGAUGUAUUGAGGGAGGGGUGUGCACACUGAGCAGUAGUAGUGUCCAUGGCGAUAACAUUAUAAGAAGGCCAAACAUGACCAGCGAGGUGCAUCACCAUACUGUACAUUGUGCCUCCACGUGCAGGCGUGUGUGUUCCUUGGUUUAUGUCCUGUCCAGAGAGAGAAUCCCCAUCAGCAUGGUUCUGCUUGAGUGAAAAUGUUUGGGCCGGAACAUUCUCCUGGUGUUCUACCCCAAGGUCAUAUAGGAACCCUGUAAUGGGAGUCACCCCAAGCACUGCCCAGGGACACACAACCUGGAGUGUGUAACGUACAGGCUUUACGAAACACUCUGUAGGGAGCAGGAGAGAGAAGAGGGAGAGGGGGGUUGCUGGAGACAUUGACAUCAACAGCAUGUGUUCUUUUGGCACGUGCGUCUGGUACACUGUAAAACAGAGUAGGCAGCUCAGGUUGGAGAUGUUUGGGUUUACAGUGACACCGGCUUGGCCCGGACCAAACCAACUUCGCAAGCCAAGCCGAGAAAACAGACAUGGGAGAGGAAAUAUGGCUGGAACCUGGAAAGCCACCAAGCCUCUAGUUGCACAUUUGUUUGAAAAGAACAGGAAAUGUCCUAAACAGAACGACAGAAAGCCAUGACAAAGUCCCCGCUAGUCACACAAUGACAGAGGAUUACAACCGCAGAGAGACACGUUUAUGGAGAUAGAACCGUUCAGAACUGUCCCCAUGUAAGAUGGCCGACAAAAUGCGGCUCUACGAAAUCAGCCUCUCUAGAGUUGUAUCUCUAUGUAUGACUCCAGCUAUCCACGCUCCUCCUCUCUAUCCUCACUGAGCACACUGCUGAUGUGGUUGUAUAGUCUUACUGAGGUGUGACUGAUGAAGUAGCCAGAGAAGGCUCUUUAUUCGUUCAGUCUUGUCUGUGAUUAACCCACUGAUACUAGUAGAUAAUCUCUAGUAUAAAAUUAGUCCCCUUCUUCAGAGCUCGUUGAAUGGCCGUGGGAUUGGAUGAGGAGGAGCCUUGUUCUUAGAAGACUGCUGAGAAGGCGUAAUAAUAGAGGUUAAGGCCGGGCUUUCUCUAAAUUAUCCUGGGCGCUUCUCUUUAAGAAAACGGUUUGGGAAGGUUGGUCUGAAGUGUAGUAUAGUAGUGUACAAGUACUGUCCCCAUGUGUCUCUCUCCUGCUCUCCUGUCUGGUCUCAUUGAGGGUUAUAUAACAGGGUUGGGAUAAGGACACUUCCCAAAGUGAACACUUCACAGGGUUCUAGUGGUCCAAUGCUCUCUCCAGUCUAUAUGUGAAAAUUAUGCAAUUUUCUUUUCUUAAUUUGUUUCCUUUUUUCUGGCUUGUGGAUUCAUUUUGUUGUCUUUUUCUCUUUUUUUGUACAGUGAUGUAAUUGAAAGACCUAUCGAAAAAGCAGUUUUUUUCCUAUGUAAAGAACAAAACAUUUUAAAUGUACAAACUGGGGGGGGGGGGGGUUGAAAUGUGAUCACAUGUAUUGUAUCCCUUGCCAAAGUGAUAUACAAAUUACAUGGGGUUUAAAAUGUAUUCUUUUUUAAGGCAUGCACAAUGGCUAGAAUAAGCAUGUUUCUACCUGUUUUUGAAAACUCAAUCUUUAAAAGAAAGAAGAGGUUUUUUUAGUUGUCGUCCAAGCUUCGGAGAUAAAACGUGUAAUUAAGUCUUGAUGUCAAGAAUCUCUCCUUUCCAACUCUUUUACAAGUCAGUACCAACCCAAGAGGUAAUUUCUAAAUGGAAUAGGGUAGGAUUCAGCCCUGCUGUUUUUUUACCAACAUUUUGAGGUACUUUACCUGCUAUAAAAAGAUUAAGAUUUUUUUUCAACAACAACACUUAAGAUGUGGAUACUUCGAAUUGUACUUGUGUGUACUGUAAGCCACACUUUUCAGGGUAAAUACAACAGUACAUUGACAAAAUAAAGGAAAAAAUAUUCCAGAGUAAUGCAAAUGAAUUACGACUGAACGAAUUAAGUCUGACGAAAGGAACAGUGAAGCCCUAAGACAACAGUAACAUUAUGGGGACUGUGUAGCCCUCUGCUUCAGGUCAACACAUUGAGGACUACUGCACAACAUACAAACAGUCUCAGGAAUUAUGCACUUCUAAAUGAUGAACAAUCUUUUAAAACUAGGCUUUGUAUUCAUAUUUCUACAAUUAAUACAACAAAACUUUUCUAAAUGCUGUCAGACAACAUCUGCAUUCUUUCUUACACAGAAAACCCAUCAGGAAACAUCAUAUAGAUAGUAAGGCACAUCAAGUAUUGUCAAUCAGUACACACAUGAGAAAGUUCAUGUAUUACUACAUACACAUUCUCAAGACUAGUUUGAUGGCAAGAAAAUCCCUUUAAUCUGCAGAGUUACGGCAAAACAGACCCAUAACCCUACUUCUGUGGCCACUUCCUUGUAUCCAAGCCUAAACCAGCCCUCUUGCCUAAAACGUUGGUGCUAUCAAUCCUCAUCAUGGGUUGCAUUGAAUCAGUGACAAGGAAGGUCAUUUACAAGUUCAGAUAAAUAUUUCCGAGGAGAUGGAAGCAAGGACCUACAGACAGCUCACACACGCUUCCAAUUGGCAGGAACGGACACCAUCUGUGGUGGCACUUUUAAAUACCUGCUGUACCGUCACUCUAGCACACUACUACCACCAGUGCCACCUGUCCUAACCUCACAUGUAGGGCUGCAUUCAAACCAGUGGCAUGGGGGGUGUGGAGAGGUAACAGACCCAGGUUUACGUCAUCAGGUCUGGCACCGCCGACUCUUGAGAUAAAAAGGGACCCGUCUAAACAUUUUAACGAGACCGGUUGUGUUGAAAGUUUUAUAAACAAGGGCUUUAUAGUUUCAGCACAGUGUCUUAGUCUCCUUCAUCCCCCCUUCACCAUAGAAACAAAAACAUAACAUACCGCUAUCCCAAUAUUUAUCUCCCUAACAGAACGUGGUGACCAUGUUUGUUGCUCAAGGACCUAAUCAAACCUUUAGCCUUGUUGUGCCAAUGGGUGAUACGCAGUGCCGUCAACUUCACUAGCCUGAAAAUGAUGCAGCCCCCCCCCCCUUCCCACCUUGGGCCAGUUGGGCCAAUUAGUAAUAACAAUUCAAACUAGACUAUACUGAUAGUAACAAAAGCUAUAGCGCCACCAUGUGGUGUCGAUACGAAUGUUCUUGGUUGCAGUGCAUUUGGAAAGUAUUCAGACCUCUUGACUUUUUCCACAUUUUGUUACGUUACAGCCUUAUUCUAAAAUGUAUUGAUUGGACAUCAUUUGGAAAGGCACACACCUGUCUAUAUAAGGUCCCACAGUUGACAGUGCAUGUCAGAGGAAAAACCAAGCCAAUUGUCCGUACAGCUCCAAGACAGGAUUGUGUCGAGGCACAGAUCGGGGGAAGGGUACCAAAAAAUGGUACCAAAAAAUGUCUGCAGCAUUGAAGGUCUCCAAGAACACAGUGGCCUCCAUUAUUCUUAAAUGGAAGAUGCUUGGAACCACCAAGACUCUUCCUAGAGCUGGCCGCCCCAGCCAAACUGAGAAAUUGGGAGAGAAGGGCAUUGGUCAGGGAGGUAACCAAGAACCCAAUGGUCACUCUGACAGAGCUCUAGAGUUCGUCUGUGGAGAUGGGAGAACCUUCGAGAAGGACAACCAUCUCUGCAGCACUCCACCAAUCAAGCCUUUAUGGUAGAGUGGCCAAAUGGAAGCCACUCCUCUGUAAAAGGCACAUUACAGCCCGCUUGGAGUUUGCCAAAAGGCACCUAAAGGACUCUCAGACCAUGAGAAACAAGAUUCUCUGGUCUGAUGAAACCAAGAUUGAACUCUUUGGCCUGAAUGCCAAGCAUCACAUCUGGAGGAAACCCCAUCCAUAUGGUGAAGCAUGGUGGUGGCAGCAUCAUGCUGUGGGGAUGUUUCUCAGCGGCAGGGACUGAGAGUCUAGUCAGGAUUGAGGGAAAGAUGAACAGAGCAAAGUACAGAGAGAUCCUUGAUGAAAACCUGCUCCAGAGCGCUCAGGACCUCAGACUGAGGUGAAGGUUAAUCUUCCAACAGGACAAUGGCCCUAAGCACACAGCCAAGACAACGCAGGAGUGGCUUCGGGACAAGUCUCUGAAUGUCCUUGAGUGGCCCAGCCAGAGCCAGGACUUGAACCCGAUCAAACAUCUCUGGAUAGACCUGAAAAUAGCUGUGCAGCAACGCUCCCCAUCCAAGAGGAUCUGCAGAGAAGAAUGGAAGAAACUCCCCAAAUACAGGUGUGCCAAGCCUGUAGCGUCAUACCCAAGAACACUUGAUGCUGUAAUCGCUGCCAAAGGUGCUUCAACAAAGUACUGAUUAAACGGUCUGAAUACUUAUGUAAAUGUGAUCGUUUUUGCUUUGUCAUUACGGGGUAUUGUGUGUAGAUUAAUGAGGGAAAAAACGAUUUAAUACAUUUUAGAAUAAGGCUGUAACGUAACAAAAUGUGGAAAAAGUCAAGGGGUCUGAAUACUUUCCUAAGGCACUGUAUGAUGAGUUGUGACAGUGUUUGCAACAUGUUUACCAGAUUUUGUUACAAUACGAAUAUCUGUGACUGAUUUAUAUGCAUUUAUGUGCCAGACCACGCCCACGUGAAUGUUUAUUGGUCAAGAGCGGCCAUGUUGUUUUAGGUACUAGUCUGGAAAAUAUUGCGUUGAGAGAUCUUUGUCCAUAGAUGCCACAUAUCAAGUUUCAUGCAGAUUGGUAAUUCAAUGCCAGAGGAGUAGAGUUGUAAGUCUUUUUCACAAUAUUGUAAAUGGCGGAAAAUCCAUCAUAGCAGACCUUAUUUGUUUCUUGUGAGGAGAGGGACCUACUGUAUGUACAGAAUUACAUGACCUUUGGUCAAAUGGAGUGAGGGGUGUGACCUUUUAAAGUUAGCAUUUUCAAUAACUUGUUAUAGCGCCACAGUCUGGCCAAACAGUGUCAUUUUGUAAAUGGCGGAUCUCUAUUGCAAGAUGCAUCCUUCACCCAAGUUCUGCCAAAAUUAGGCCAGUGCUCUCUGAGAUAUCGCAUGUGACGAACGUACUAACGGACGCAUAUAGAUAUAGAUCCACAGUCCCCUCCCCGAUGAUCAACUACAUGAUCAGCUAAAGGCUGGCAAAAAUACCCAACAUUGUCUAUUGUGUCAAAACAUGCUUUUAAAAUGGACCCUAGCCUGCUAGAUCUGUAUUCUCAUUGGCCACAAUAAGCAAGGAAAUCACUACUUCAUGCAAGACAGACUUGCAUCGUUCAAGGGAUUAGUAGAACGUGUCAUAAGAAUUUGAACAUGAGAAUUGGUAUUGAUGAUACUUGUUACAUGCCUUUAGUAUCCCACUCUCCACUCUGAGAGUCUGAGCCAUGAUGAAACCAGCUCUGUCUUGUCAUGUGAAGAACAUGACACCCACUGAGUCUGAGGCUUUGACGUGCUGAUGUAGUCGACACAAACAGCCACACCGAGCUGGAUUAGGAAUAUUUCGUUUAUGGGGGCAAUUUCAAACCCUUUAAUCUCUCAUGAUAUCAAUAGUAACUAGGCAAUUUCAUUAAAUUGAGUGCUGCUUGAUCUAGUGAGGACAGGGCUAAGGCCGUGAGGUUUUUCAGAAGAGAAGCUUUAGUGUGGGGAAAACGACUACCUGUCCCCUCACCUGACACAGUGGCCCCUUUGAGUCAUAAAGUAGCAUACAAAUUAGAGUAAACAAUUUACAUAAAGCUUAUGAUUCUUGAUCCACACCACCACUGCACUGUCAAAUGAAAUGAAGCUACCUAAUAGGAGUGGUUGCUACGGUAACGUCAUGAGAAAUAAUAUGAGGAACGUGUUCGGGUACGAGAGUGGGUUGAGGACGAGGUAAUGUCUAUAUUUGGCUCGGUUGUAACCACAGGGUACUAAAAUGACUGAACGUCAGGUAUGUGUUUUCUUAAGGCGCAGAAAGGGAAAUGUAUUAGCUGUAGAAGAACAUGUGAUUGUUUCAUCAUAGCUCUGUAUGUCUCCAACACCGAAGUGGACAUAACAAAAAUGCUAAGAAAGAAAAAAACACUUGUUUGUGAUUUUUAACAGAAAAUCUGUUGUUUUGACUGCAGAUUUUAUUUUAUAUACAACUGAGCUUAUUUGAAGGUUUCUUGACCAUUGUGUCUGACUUGUACUGUACUGUAUGUAAAUAGUGAAUAAAACCUUGAAUGUUACACAU